AUGCCGCCCAGCCGCGGGCCCCCUGGAGCCCGCCCGCCGCUCCCACCCGGCCUCGGGAAAGCCUGGGGUCUGGGUCCUAACGGUGGAAUUCCUGCCGCCUCUGCUCCCCUGCACCGAGCCUGCGCCCCCGGGGGUGUGUCUCCUUGGCAACUGCGCUCUCGGCCCGGUUUCCCGGGCCGGUACCGACUCGAUUCCGAACGCUUCCUCCUAGGCAUUGAGCUGGUGCCGGAGGGCGCGCGGGAGUGUGUAUGUGAACAUCUAAAGGCCUUUGAUGAUGAAAUCAAUGCUUUUUUGGACAAUAUGUUUGGACCUCGAGAUGCUCGAGUCAGAGGGUGGUUCAUGUUGGACUCUUACCUUCCUACCUUUUUUCUUACUGUCAUAUAUUUGCUUUCAAUAUGGCUGGGUAACAAAUACAUGAAGAACAGACCUGCGCUUUCUCUCAGGAGUAUCCUCACCUUAUAUAAUCUCGCAAUCACACUUCUCUCCGCGUAUAUGCUGGCAGAGCUCAUUCUCUCCAGUUGGGAAGGAGGAUACAACUUACAGUGUCAAGAUCUUGCCAGUGCAGGGGAAGCUGAUGUCCGGGUAGCCAAGGUGUUAUGGUGGUACUACUUCUCCAAAUCAGUAGAGUUCCUCGACACGAUUUUCUUUGUUCUGCGGAAAAAAACGAGUCAGAUUACUUUUCUUCAUGUCUAUCAUCAUGCCUCUAUGUUUAACAUCUGGUGGUGUGUUCUGAACUGGAUACCCUGUGGACAAAGUUUCUUUGGACCAACACUGAACAGUUUUAUCCACAUUCUUAUGUACUCCUACUAUGGACUUUCUGUGUUUCCAUCUAUGCACAAGUAUCUUUGGUGGAAGAAAUAUCUCACACAGGCUCAACUGGUGCAGUUCGUGCUCACCAUCACGCACACCAUGAGUGCUGUCGUGAAACCGUGCGGCUUCCCCUUCAGUUGUCUCAUCUUCCAGUCGUCUUAUAUGCUGACAUUAGUCAUCCUAUUCUUAAAUUUUUACAUUCAGACAUACCAAAAAAAGCCUAUGAAGAAGAAAGAUACGCGAGAGCCACCUGCAGUGAAAGAAGUGAAGAACGGUUUUUCCAAAGCCUACUUCACUGCAGUCAAUGGAGUGAUGAACAAGAAAGCACAAUAUAUUAAAAUAGAGUAAC